CCUCCGCAGGGCUCUGCCUCGCUCGUCCGUCCUCUCCGCCUGCCCGGUUCGCUUGCUCGCUUCUCCGGACGCCGCCGCCGCCGCUGCGCUUCGCUACGCUCGGUGCUUCGCUUUCCCCCGAUCGCAGGAUAAAUAUUAUGAUUAUUCGGGGUCGUCUUUCUGCCCGUCUUUCUAUGGCACGUCAAGCGAGUUCGGCUGGAUUUGUGUUAAACCAAUUUGACAAAUGGGAAUCCUUUAGAGAAGCUUGAUCAAUCCGAUCGAUCCAUCCUGAUAUACUUGAAUAAGGCAGAGCUCCUUCCUCUGGCCUUUCGCUCCCAGGCUUCUCAGCUGCUUUUCCUGGCUGUUUUUGAACCUUUCACCCCCUCCUCUCUGCCUAAAACCCUCCUGAAUUCAUCGCCAUGGUUGGAUUUAAGCCCUCCGAUGUCCCUCCGACGGCGACCGUCAAGUUUUUGGGGGCCGGGACGGCGGCCUGCAUCGCCGACUUGAUCACCUUCCCGCUGGAUACGGCAAAGGUCCGGUUACAGAUCCAAGGAGAGAAGGCCAACGUCACCCCCAAAAUGGCGCAGUACAAGGGGGUCUUUGGCACCAUGGCCACAAUGGUGAGGAACGAGGGGCCCAAGAGCCUCUACAACGGGCUAGUGGCCGGCCUUCAGCGCCAAAUGAGCUUUGCCUCGGUCCGGAUCGGACUCUACGACUCCGUGAAACACUUCUACACCAAGGGCUCCGAGCAUGCUAGCGUGGGCAGCCGGCUACUUGCCGGUGGCACCACGGGAGCCAUGGCGGUGGUGGUGGCCCAGCCCACAGACGUGGUCAAGGUGCGAUUCCAGGCCCAGAUCCGGACAGAUGCUGGACGGCGCUACCAGGGCACGUUGCAUGCCUACAAGACCAUCGCCAAGGAAGAGGGGGUCCGGGGCCUGUGGAAAGGAACCCUUCCCAACGUAUCCAGAAACGCCAUUGUGAAUUGCGCUGAACUGGUGACCUACGACAUCAUCAAGGAUACCCUGCUGAAAUACCGUCUCAUGGCAGAUGACGUCCCCUGCCACUUCCUCUCGGCUUUUGGGGCCGGCUUCUGCACCACCAUCAUCGCCUCCCCGGUGGACGUGGUGAAGACCAGAUACAUGAACUCCCCUCCCGGCCAGUACAAGAAUGCCGGCCGAUGCGCCCUGACGAUGCUCCGAGCCGAAGGACCGCUGGCCUUCUACAAGGGCUUUACGCCCUCCUUCCUUCGGCUGGGAUCCUGGAACGUGGUGAUGUUUGUGACAUACGAACAGCUGAAGCGUGCCCUGAUGGCAGCCCGGGCAUCGUGGGGGACUCCAUCCUGAGCCAACCAGCCAAGCAAAAUUUAAACUUUUGCCCAGAUCCUAUGAAUCCAUUCCCUCCCUUCUCCCAGACCGAUGCAUUUCUAAAAACUCUCUGGAUUUCCCGUUUUAAAAAUGUUGGAAUGGUUUUACGCUUGUACGUCUCGACCUGGCUGUAGCUGCUGCUAUCGGAAUCUGCAGACGCUCCUGCUGUCUUCUUUUUUUUAAAAAAAAAAAGUAAUUUAUCUUAGUUGGACCUUGGUCCAGUCUCAAUUUUAACGCCUGCUAUUCGGAAAAAGACGCUUUUUAAACACGCUGGAGAAUCUGAGAUGCCCGCGCUUAUCUUACACCAUGUUUACCCGAAGUCUUACUUUUGUCCUAACUACCUUGCACACCCCUGGAACACAAAUGGAUGGAUUUUUGUCCCGCUCGCACAACUCGACUUCGAACCGUCCCAAAGGGCUUUGCUUGGCCAGUUAAUUCAAUUUAAUUAAUUCUGGGAAAGAAUCAACUUUUCCAAGCCUGCUCGUCUCCCAGAUGUCUUUAAAAGGUUGCAACUGUUCAAAAUUGCUGCAAUUGGGGGGGGCUGUAGCCCAAAUGCAUUUGGGAUACCCUUCUGCUUGGCUCUUGCAAGGCCUUUACUCGCAUUACAAAGCUGAAUUCAGACCCUGAAAACUGUUCUUUUUCGGUGGAGCUGACUGAAGGACGAUUUGGCUUACCGGCACCUUUGUCCAGCUGCAAAUUUUUUUUGGGGGGGGGGGGGAAGAAAAAUGGCACUUAAAAGCUUCUUCGGUGGGCCAGCCUGCUGUGAAAUUAUUUGUGAUGUUGUUGCAAUGAUCUUUAUCUUUUUUUUAAAAAAACAAAAACAAAAAACACGCGCUGCGCAUGUCGAUCUUUUUUUUUAAAUAAAGCUCAAGCAGAAAAGCA